AUGAUGGCUUGGAAGCAGGUUCUGCUUUUAGCUCUAUCUUUUGUGGUUCUAGCUUCAUCAGCACACAAUGACAACGUGACGAUACACUUCAGGCACGGAGGCGACCCUCAGCAGCAUGGAGGCGAGGGAAAUCUCACCACUGACCAAGGUGUAUUGAUUUCCGAUAACCAAAAUAGUCUGAAAGCCGGUACGCGCGGUCCCACCUUACUUGAGGACUUCGUUCUGCGGGAGAAAAUUUUCAACUUUGACCACGAGCGUAUCCCAGAGCGCAUCGUCCAUGCUCGUGGCUCUGGUGCACACGGGUACUUUGAGGCUACGGAGGAUAUCUCGCACCUGAGCAGAGCGCAUGUAUUUAAGAAAGGGAUGAAGACGCCUGUUUUCGCGCGUUUCUCUAAUGUCGCAGGAGGCUCAGGCUCGGUCGACACUCCGCGCGACGUGCGAGGCUUUGCGGUCAAGUUCUACACGAAUGAAGGCAACUGGGAUCUGGUUGGUAAUAACAUGCCUGUUUUCUUUAUUCAGGAUGCGAUCAAGUUCCCAGACCUAAUUCAUUCGGUGAAAAUGGAAGCCGAUCGCGGCUAUCCGCAGGCUGCAACGGCGCACGAUACCUUCUGGGAUUGGGCCACGCUUAUGCCUGAGUCCACGCACAUGCAGCUCUGGGCUAUGUCCGAGCGCGGUCUUCCACGCUCACUUCGCAUGAUGGAGGGCUUUGGUAUUCACACCUUCCAGCUAGUGAACGAAAGCGGAGAUGCGCACUUUGUUAAAUUCCACUGGAAGCCGAAGCUUGGCGUUCAAUCAACCUUGUGGGAUGAAACGACCAAGAUUCAGGGUGCAGACAACGACUAUCACCGCAAAGAUCUUUUCGAGUCUAUCGAAUCAGGCAUGUAUCCCGAGUGGCAGCUCGGUAUCCAGGUAUUCGACAAGGAAUUUGCCGACUCUCAGCCUUACGACGUGCUGGACUCGACCAAACUGAUUCCUGAGGAAGAUGUUCCGGUCAAGUUCAUCGGCCGUAUGGUGCUGAAUCGCAACCCUGACAACUUCUUUGCCGAGACAGAGCAGGUCGCGUUCUGUCCUUCGCACGUCGUUCCCGGUAUUGACUUCUCAGACGAUCCCUUGCUGCAAGGACGCCUAUUCUCUUACCUGGACACCCAAAAGUCGCGCUUGGGCACCUCGAAUUUCCAUCAGCUUCCAAUUAACCAUCCGAAGGUGCCUGUGCGCAACUUCCAGCGUGAUGGCAUGAUGCAAAUGAGCAUUCCUAAGGGUCGUGCAAACUACGAACCGAAUAGCCUGUACGAAGCCGACGAACCCACAGGUCCUCGCGCAUGUCCCUUCAUGGCUGCCUUCCACACGUCAAGUCAUGUUACAGGACCUCGGGAGCGCGGUCCUAAGCUCCGCGCGCGUGACGAGCGAUUUGCCGAUCACUACAGUCAGGCACGCCAAUACUGGAAGUCGCUGACGGAGUCUGAGCAGAACCACACGGUUGGCGGUUUCGUAUUCGAACUCUCACAAGUAUCUCUUUCACAGGUGCCGAAACGCGCAGUCGCAAACUUGCGCAACGUGGACGAGUCACUUGCUCGUCGCGUAGCAAAGGGUUUAGGCAUCGAACUCCCCAAGAAAUCGAAACCGGUUCGCGAGCCUGUUGAUCUACCUGCCAGUCCAGCACUCUCUAUACACCGUAAUACUAAGCAUACGAUUGAAGGACGAAAAAUUGGUAUUCUUAUCAACGAAGGAAGCGAUAAGGGCAAGAUCGAGCGUCUGAAGAAGAUGAUCAAGGAGCAUAAUGGCGUCCCAGCUGUGAUUGCACCUCGAGCGCAUGGCAUAAAACUGUCGGAUGGGUCGAAGGUCGACGCAGAUGGGAUUCUGGCCGGCAUGCCCUCUGUCUUGUUUGACGCAGUGGCAGUGGUUCUGUCCAACAAGGGUACGGAUCAGCUACUUAAGGAAUCGGCUGCUGUUCAAUGGGUGCAGGAUGCAUACGCACACUUGAAGGCUAUUGCUUACACGAAAGAAUCUGAGCGUCUGCUUAAGAAGGGGGGCGUGGACACAAAUCAGAAAGGCAUUUCUACGGACUUGGGCUCUGAAUUCAUCAAGGAUGCUGGUACUCGCUUUUGGAAGCGCGAACAUCUCGUACGCACUCUCUACUGA